AUGGAUUCUCAUUCAAGAAAACAAGUAAAAAGAGAACGGACCAUAAGAAGAUCACAACAGGUGCAUUCAAGAAAUGCGAUUCGAGCAACAGUCUGGACCAUCACCCCGAUCGCUGAUCCGCCUGCUGGGCACCUGGACCACGAUAUAUCAACUGGAAAAAUUAGCAUGUUAUUAAUAUUUCACCCUAAUAUACUGGCAGUGCACUAUUAUAUAUUCAACAUAUUAUGUGUUGCUAGUUGUCAAAUCAGAAGUAACAUCUCCUUGACAGAAAACGACGUCAUUCAACAACGCAAAGAUUCGAGUUGUAUAUAA